AUGGCCCCCUCCACCGAGGUUGCUCCUGCCAGCAUUGAGCCCGCUUUGAUCAAGCCAAAGAAGGAGAAGAAGGAGAAAAGGGUUAAGACCGAAAAGAAGGAAAAAUCAAGCAAAAAGAGGAAAGCAGAGUCGCUACAGGAGCCGGUGAUCCCAGAAGUUGAGGCGUCCCCAGAAAUAUCAGAUGACGAGGCCCCUCCAUCAAGUCCAGAUGCCGACGAGACCUCCGAGAAGCCAUCCAAGAAAAGAAAGACUGUCCCCGCCGCCGACGAAAUCGAAGUAGAUAUCACCGCCCCGGAACCACCGUCCAAAAAAGCCCUCCGAGCUCUCAAAAAGGGAAAGCCCCUCCCACCUUCUAAAUCAGGUGCCGAUUCGUCAGAACCAAAGGCCAAGAAGGAAAAGCCAGAAGUGGAGAAGAGAUCUGAGCAUGGAGUCUGGAUUGGGAAUUUGCCGUUCUUCGUGUCAAAAGAUGAUCUCCGGACAUUCCUUGUGGAGAAGUCGGAUCUCACAGAGGCGUUGAUCACGAGGAUUCAUAUGCCUGGACCGAAUGACAAGAAAUCCGCGAAUAAAGUCGAAGAGAAGAGAUUCGGCAAGGUCCAGCAUAAUAUAGGCUUUUCGUAUGUCGAUUUCUCGACUGCGGAAGCUGUUGAAGAGGCCAUGGAGUUGUCUGAACAGUUACUGGGUGGACGACGGGUCCUGAUCAAGAACAACAAGUCAUUCGAAGGCAGACCUGAGAAGACGAAAGAGCAGACUAGGAUGGAGGGCAAGCCGCCAAGUAAGAGAGCUUUUGUUGGAAAUCUGGCGUUUGAUGUCACGGAGGACAGCAUCAAGGAGUUUUUCGAGAAGUGUGGGGCUAUCGAGAGCGUGAAGCUGGCAACAUUUGAGGAUAGCGGAAAGUGUAAAGGAUAUGGCUGGAUUGUGUUUGAGGAGUUGGAGGCUGCACAGAACGCCGUUCGAGGUUUCAUCAUGGUCGAAGAAGAGGAAUCUGAUGCGUCGGAGUCUGAGGAGGAUAGUGAUUCCGGCAGCGAAAAUUCUGAUGAGGAGAAGGAAAUCAAGCCUAAGAAGGCGAAGAAGACGAAGAAGAGAAAGGUCUGGGUUAACAGGAUCAAGGGUCGGCCUUUGAGGAUGGAAUUUGCGGAAGAUGCGCAGGUCAGGUACAAGAAGCGAUACGGCAAAGAUGGCACUAAGCGGACUGCUGCUGCUGAUGGUGGUGCUGCUCACGAUGCUGGAGAUGACAAGGCCAAGGCAUUUGUGCCCAAGGUUGUGGAGUAUCGCGAAGCUUACGCUCCUCGGUUGACUGGUGGUAUCGUGGAGAGUAAGGGUAAAAAGGUCACGUUUUAG